UCGUAUACAGAAGAAAUGGAACGGCUUUUAUUUGAAACAGGAAAUCUUUAUUUCUGGUGGUUCUUCUGCAUCAUUACAACUCACAAUAAAAAACAAUUUGGCAGAAUGUUGCUUUAAGCACCCAAUAUAAUCCUUUCUCACAUAUUUUUUAUUUUGGGGGAAUUUUCAGAAAAUUUUUGUACAUACGUGUGCUACACACAAGAAUUCAUACGGUUUUGCAGCAAACAAACAAACAAAAACUAUGUGAUUUUUCAAACAUUUCGUAACCACCUGAUACCCUCCUACAUUCUCUGUCUCUCUUGUUGGGAUUUAAGCCAAAAAAAUUCUACUAAAAUCACAUGAAAUUGGCUAAAAAGUAUUUUUUUUUACUUUUAAAGAAUCUUCAAUAUGUAUCAUGUUUGAAAGACUCUGCAAAGAUAUUCUACAAACAUAUAACCAGGCUUCUAUGAAACAUGGCUGAAUUACAGUAAAAUCUUUCCUCAGAGAAAACAUUACUUUACCUCCAUGCCUGAAAUGUCGAAGAGAUAAUUUUCUCUUUUGAAUAUAUUUUGAUGAAUUUACAAAAGUAUUUGCAACAUUUCUAAAUAUUGACAAAGAUCACAUUUAGAAGAAAUUUAACAAAAGUUAUAUUUGCUUGGAAUAAACUAUAAAAACAAGAAGAAAAAUAUCCAUAGAUUUUGGUGAGAGGAGAAAUAUUUUUGAAAAGUUAUUGAUGUAUAAAACUUGAAGGACUGAUUUUAUUUUUCUUCAAAAGAUGGCAGAAGAAGCAGGAAAAUCAUCAUAUCACUGUGAUAUCUGUGGUAAAUCAUUCUCUGUUCGCAGUAGAUUAACUACACAUAAACGUACUCAUACAGGAGAGAAACCAUAUCACUGUAAUAUCUGUGGUAAAUCAUUCUCUGGGGGCAGUAAUUUAACUAGACAUAAACGCAUUCAUACGGGUGAGGAACCAUAUCACUGUGAUAUCUGUGGUAAAUCAUUUUCUGCUGGUAGUAACUUAACUGCACACAAACGUAUUCAUACAGGGGAGAAACCGUAUCAUUGUAAUAUCUGUGGUAAAUCAUUCUCUGAAAACAGUAGCUUAACUACACACAAACUCAUUCAUACAGAGGAGAAACCAUAUCACUGUGAUAUCUGUGGUAAAUCAUUCUCUAUUGGCAGUAACUUAACUACACACAAACUAAUUCAUACAGGGGAGAAACCAUAUCAUUGUCAUAUCUGUGGUAAACCAUUCUCUGAUGGCAGUAACUUGACUAGACACAAACGUAUUCAUACAGGGGAGAAACCAUAUCACUGUGAUAUCUGUGGUAAAUCAUUCUCCCGUACACAUAGCUUAGAUAUUCACAAGCAUAUCCAUACAGGAGAUAAAGGCUACCACUGUGAUAUUUGUGGUAAAUCAUUCUCUGCUGGCAGUAGAUUAAUUACACACAGACUAAUUCAUACAGGGGAGAAACCAUAUCACUGUGAUAUCUGUGGUAAAUCAUUCUCUGCUAGCAGUAACUUAACUAGACACAAACGUAUUCAUACAGGGGAGAAACCAUAUCACUGUGAUAUCUGUGGUAAAUCAUUCUCUGAUGGCAGUAACUUAGCUACGCAUAAAUGUAUUCAUAUAGGUGAGGAACCAUAUCACUGAUAUCUAUGGUAAAUCAUUCUCUGAAAAAAGAAGCUUAACUACACACAAACGUAUUCAUACUGGAGUAAAACCAUAAACCUUUUUGAUAUCUGCAAUAAAAUAUUUUCUCACAAAAUCAUCACUUGAUUAAAAACAAGUGGAUCCAUAAGUACAGUGACAUUUGUUUUAUAAAAUUCCCUCAGAAGGACAAGCUUGUGCCUCAGAAAAAUCUCUACACAUGAUAGAAACUAUAUGAAUGUGAUAUCUAUAGUAAAUCUUUCAUUUGAAAUGAUCUAUUAACAAAUCAAAAGAGCAUUGACUGAGGAAGGAAAACAUAUCACUGCGAUAUUAAACCUUAAUCAUUCUUUCAAAAUGGUGAAUUAAUUCUACAGUCAUAUUAAAUAUGAAAGAUAUAACCAUAACCUAAGCUAUUCGUGCUAAAUCAAUCUAUGAAAAUGAUCAAUUAUUAAAACAGAAAUGCAUUGAUACAGAAGAGGAACCAUAUCACUAUGAUAUAAUGAUCCUCAUCAUUUAACCUUCAUUUUUCCAUGCUUCUAUGGAUCAGAUAGAAUUCAUUGAUGGGGAUUUUCUUCAGCUGGAUGCCUUUCCCGUCACCCAUCCUCACCUGUUGCUAAGCAAGGAAAUAUUUUCCAUGGUGAGACAUAUUUUAUGCAGAAGACUGGAAAUGAACGACUGCAUUUGCAUGACACUCAUGAUGGCCGUUUACAAACAUCAUGUGAUAUUUGGCCAAGGGUACACUCACAUAUGCAUACACACACACACACAUGUAUAUAUGUAUGUAUGAAGAAUUUCUGAUAGGAGAUAUUUUACAUUUUUUUCUCUACAUCUAAAAGUUUGUAAUUCCUAUUUGGAAAUGAAACACAUGUAAUGCUGAAUAAAUAAUA